UCUGAAGAUGCAAUCCAUUACAGACGCUUUAACGCUGAUCCGCAACCCUUCAGUGUAAGGCCUACCAUGGACCCCAUCACUUUCAGUACUAUAGGUACCAGCUGGAUUACCUAUCUUUUCAUCAAAGCCGCUCACGUAACCGGACAGUGGCGACUCACCGCUGCGUACAGUCGAAAUUUCCACACGCUGCAGGAGCUUAUCUCACAACACGGAGGAGCGGUUCACGGCCACACUAAGUUGAACGAUCUUGUUAACGAUCCCAAUGCCACGACUAUCUACAUUGCUUCUCCCAACAUACUGCAUUACGAACAUGCAAGGCUUGCGCUUCAAGCGGGAAAGAACGUGGUCAUCGAGAAGCCCUUCUGCAGCACAGUCGAAGAACUGGACGAACUUUAUACGAUUGCUGAGCGCAUGGGAUUGGGACACCUUAAUGGUGCGACUAUCUCGCUAAAUCAGCGCAGUACCGAGUGCGAAGCGGUCCUGGCCAGUGACGUUCCCAAUGUGCUUAACCUUAAGAUGGGCGGCGGGGCGCUUGUCAUUGACCUGUUUGGAUUGCCUACAAAGACUGAAUUCUGGCCCACCAUAAUCAAGACAGGCGUUGAUGGUGUGGGCCACCUUGUCUUGCAAUACAAUGGCUUUAUUGUACAAAUACAUUACAAAAUAUUUGGAGAGUAUGGCACGUUGGUACUGUCUUCCAUCACAGAUAUUGGAAGUGUCAAGUUUUGUGAUUCGAGAACGAAGGGUGUUGAGGAGCUGGCUAGACCUAGAGGAUCAACACAUUUCAAUCUUGAGGAUGAGGCUUUGGAGUUCGCAAGGCUACUACAAGGUCGAGAUGCUAAGGCUCUUAAGAAGUACGAAACACUGUCUCGAUGUGUUCUCGCGAUUAUGUGUGAGGCAAGACAUGCGAAGGGAAUUGUAUUUCCCGAGGGAAAAUAA